AUGGACGACGAGGCUUCGCGCACUCCGCCUGCUAGUGGCACUCUGAAAGCUGUGCAGAUUGCCGACCCCGUCCCAGAGGACUAUAUCGAGGACGAUUCCCACCAUGCGAAGCAGCGCCGGGGCCACACCACGGCUCCUCCCACUCGCCGUCUCAGCGGCAGGCUGUCUGCCGCUGCCUCGCCGGCUUUGCGCCCUGUGGACGAUGCGACUCUCCCGGGGCACCACCAUCACCACCGUCGGAACCACCAGAGCGAGAGGAUCUUGGCCCAGGUUGGAGAAUGGCUGGAGCGCGAGCGCAAGAAAGCGGCGGCCAGGAAGCUGAAGCCUCGUCGACGCAAGUCCAAGUCUCCCCCGUCCGACCAGACGCAGGCCGCAGAAGGCGCGGCUGCAACUCCGGCUCCCAGCCAUUCUUCGCGCGAGCGAUCGGGUUCCACGAGCUCGCAGUCGAGCGACAUCUCCUUUGACGGCCUGGAGCACAUUCUGCGAACGUCAAUGGCGUCCAUUGGACUCACUUCGCUGCCAAAAUACAGCCCGCGAGCCAGUACCAAGCACAGGCGGCCGCCUUCGCGCACGUCCCUCCAUCGCGCUGCUUCCUCGGACACCGACUAUGUCGACGGCGACGCUAUCGUGCCCAGCUGCGAUGCCUGGCUGGACAACUCCAAGACGAUGAGCUACACUGGAGGAGCCAGCAUCAGCACGGACGAUGUCUCAACUCAGGCCACAAAGGUCGAAAAGGAGACAGAGGCAUGGACCAUCUUCAAGAAUGAGAUUCUACGCAUAGCCCAUACUCUGAGGCUCAAGGGCUGGCGCAGGAUCCCUCUUGGUAGCGGCGAGGCCCUGUCUGUUGAGCGACUGAGUGGUGCUCUGACAAACGCCGUCUACGUCGUCACCCCGCCGGCGGACAUGCCCCAGCUGGAGGGCAAGAAGCCGCCGGCCAAGGUGCUGCUUCGCGUGUACGGACCGCAGGUGGAGCAUCUCAUUGACCGAGAGAACGAGCUUCAGGUGCUCCAGCGACUUGCGCGCAAGAAGAUUGGCCCGCGGCUGUUGGGGACCUUCAAGAACGGGCGCUUUGAGCAGUUCUUCAAUGCCCAGACGCUGACCCCGACGGAUCUGCGAGAGCCUGAGACUUCGAGGCAGAUUGCGAAGCGUAUGCGAGAGCUGCACGAUGGUGUUGAGGUGCUCCUGCAUGAGCGAGAGAGCGGGCCCGGUGUUUGGAAGAACUGGGAUCAGUGGCUUGAUAACGUCGGCCGCAUCACCACCUUCCUAGACCGGGAGCUGGAGAAGACGCCCGAAGCUGCCCGCAAGAACUCUCUCGUUCAUGCAUGGAAAGCCAACGGCUAUGUGUGCGGCGUCCCUUGGGAGCAGUUCAAGGAGAUGGUGAACAAGUAUAGAGCCUACUUAAACAACUGCUACAAGGGCCACAGGUCCAUCAGGGACCGUCUCGUUUUCGCACACAACGACACUCAAUACGGCAAUAUCCUCAGGAUUCGCCCCGACGACGAAAAGUCGCCUCUCCUUCAGCCUGCCAACAAACACAAGCAGCUGGUUGUCAUUGAUUUUGAAUACGCGGCUCCCAACACCGUCGGACUCGAGUUUGCCAACCAUUUCACCGAGUGGAUGUACAACUACCACGAUCCGGUGGUCCCCCAUGCCUGCAAUCCCGAUCGCUACCCAAGCCUUGAGCAGCAGAAGCGGUUCAUCAAGGCCUACGUGGAACACCGGCCCUAUUCCCAACGGUCCGACUCGACACCUCGCCUGACGCCCCUCGACAGCCAGAAUCCCAGUGCCCCGGCCACGCCCUCGCUUCAUCCGACAGCCUCUAGCAGCUCGAUUGUCGACUUUAUGCUCGACGCUCGCUACCCCGGAGGCGACUGGAACGCAGUCGAAAAGGCACGCGAAGAGCAGGUCGACCAGCAGGUGAGGGAGCUCAUCGAGGAGGCCCGGCUGUGGCAGCCGGCGAACAGCGCUCAGUGGAUUGCUUGGGGCAUUGUGCAGGCCAAGGUGCCGGGCCUGGACGGAACGCCUGCGGACGAGGAGCCUGGCGCAGACGAGUUUGACUACCUGAGCUAUGCGCAGGACAGGGCCAUGUUCUUCUGGGGGGAUGUUGUGCAGCUGGGGCUGGUCAAGUUGGAGGAGUUGCCUGAGGCCUUGCGGGCAAGGAUCAAGCUUGUCAAGUAUUAG